CAACACUGUCAGGUACUGAUAAGUUUCUUUCCUAUCUUUACGUUCAUUUGCUGUUUCUCAAAUUUUAAAUGUUACAACCGUUUUCCAGAGCAAUGGCAGAAGAACUGAAAGGAGUGAAAACGGACCACCUUGAUAAAGAAUGUCCAGCAUUCAAACAAGGUUGCCCAUUUUCCAAAGUUGAAGAUAAGCAGCUGAAAGACGCCAUUGAAAAAUGUCCCGAAUUCAAAAGUGGCUGUCCAUUUAAAGACGCCAAAAGUCUUGCUGAAGUUUACGAGAAGUUGUCUCACGUUCCACAUUCAGCUGGGCAUGAAAGUGAAUUAUCUGGUCAGAAGUUGAUUGAAAUGUUCAAGAAAAUGCACGAUACUUCCGAAUGUCUGGAAGAAAAGUUGGGAGACUGUCCUGUGUUUCACAAAGAUCAAGGAUGUCCAUUCAAGAGUGUCCGUACUCAGGAAGGCAAGCGAUUGGCUGAACCAGUUGAGACUGUCGGACAUGACGAGGUAUAGGUGAAAUAAAAUUAUCCUCAUUUUGGUAUUGUUAUUGCCCAGCACAUCGAGAUUCUUGUUAUCGUUGUUUUUGUUGCUGUCGUUAUGGCAGUAGUAGUUUUUGCGAUUCGUGUCAUUGAUAUAACUGUAUUUACCGUUGACAUUUUUAUUGCUGUCAUCGAAUGUUUUCUCGUUGUACAUGGUUCAACAACAACAACAAUAACAACAAAAGAACAACAACAUCAACAACAAAAGAACAACAACAUCAACAACAAUUAUGGCAGCAGCAAAAAUGACAGCAGCAACAAUAACAGUAAGAACAACAGCAACAGCAAAAAUAACAAUAGCAACAGCAACAACACAACAGCAACAAACAGCAGUAGCAGUUAGAUCUGUUUUGUAGAUGUUGUUGCUCUUGUAGUUAUUGUUGUUGCUGUUUCUGUUGCCGCUGUUGUCCUUUGUUGUUGUUGUCAUUGUUGUUGUUGUUGUUGUUGUUGUUGUUGUUGUUGUUGUUGUUGUUGUUGUUGUUGUUGUUGUUGUUGUUGUUGUUGUUGUUAUUGUUGUUGUUGUUGUUGUUGUUGUUGUUGUUGUUGUUGUUGUCGUCGUCGUCGUCGUCGUCGUCGUCGUCGUUGUUUUUGUUGCAAGGCUUAAAACAUUGUAUCUAUAUAAACUAAAUUACUAAAACUCAAUUUCAAACCUUGAAGCGAGCAACAAAGAAGUUGAAGACAGUGGACGUCAGCCAUCUGAAGCAACAGUGUCCAGCAUUCAAAGAAGGGUGUCCAUUUGUCAAAGUAGAGGAAAAGCAGCUGGUAGAGGCUGUUGAAAAAUGUCCUGAAUUCCAAAGUGGCUGUCCAUUUAAAGACGCCAAAAGUCUUGCUGAAGUUUACGAGAAGUUGUCUCACGUUCCACAUUCAGCUGGUCAUGAAAGUGAAUUAUCUGGUCAGAAGUUGAUUGAAGUGUUCAAGAAAAUGCACGAUACUUCUGAAUGUUUGGAAGAAAAGUUGGGAGAUUGUCCUGUGUUUCACAAAGAUCAAGGAUGUCCAUUCAAGAGUGUCCGCAGCGAAGAAGGCAAGCACUUGGUAGAACCAGUUGAGUCUGUUGCCCACGAUCAGGUAGGAAAUUCAAGAGAUUAUAAAGUGAAGUAUCGGAGUCGCAGAGAUUUUUGUUGAACAAUAGAAAGGACAAUAAGUACGGGGAAAUGUCUUGUUUUGAGGUGGUGCUUGUCUGACUUUCACGUAUACUGAACCAAGUUUCAGAAUCACUGAUGCAAUUUUAAUUUAAGCUUUCGGAAAACUGGAAUUUUAACAUUAUUUCCUGGACAUGAUUGUUCCCCAUAAGUGGGUAAACAUUGAAACAUAAACGUUGUCCUUCCCGACAAUUUUGUUCGCCGAAGCAAGGGAAGACUUUGAUAAUUUCAAACAGUUUGUACAUGACAUAUCAUCUAAUUUGUCUCUUUCGACACAAUAAAUAAAACCUAAAAUUAACAAUUAGAUUUUAUUUAGUGUGUCGAAAGAGAGAAAUUAGAUAUGUCAUGUACAAACUGUUUGAAAAUAAACGUUGUUUCUAAACAAAAAUCACAACCGGAAAACCCAAACGUUUUUGAAAUUUUAUCACGACUUUUUUCCGUUACUGGGAAACAGAAGACUGUUUCCACAAUAAUAAUGUGAGCGAUUAAACGGGAACAAAUUUGAGAAAACGUUAGAAUUCUAAGUUUACGCAGGAAUAUUGUGACACAGCCCUGCUGCUCCCCUCCAAAACAUGCGUGUUUUAAUAUAUUCUGGCUAUGCACAAGGAAAGUUCUUGUCCUAAUUAAAAGAAACACUAAAAUUAUAAUAUUGAUACAAAUAUACGUACGUAUCGCUGGGAUUAAUUUGUUGCUUAUGUCCUUUGCCAGCACGUCAAGGAGGAACUACAGACGGUUGAUGCCACUCAUUUACAAGAUCAAUGCCCUGCGUUCAAAGGUGGUUGUCCAUUUUCCAAACUGGAAGACAAAGCUAUGAAAGACGCAAUUGAAAAAUGUCCUGAAUUCAAAAGUGGCUGUCCUUUUAAAGACGCCAAAAGUCUUGCUGAAGUUUACGAGAAGUUGUCUCACGUUCCACAUUCAGCUGGUCAUGAAAGUGAAUUAUCUGGUCAGAAGUUGAUUGAAAUGUUCAAGAAAAUGCACGAUACUUCUGAAUGUUUGGAAGAAAAGUUGGGAGAUUGUCCUGUGUUUCACAAAGAUCAAGGAUGUCCAUUCAAGAGUGUGCGCAGUGAAGAAGGCAAGCACUUGGUAGAACCAGUUGAGUCUGUUGCCCAUGAUCAGGUAAACAUGUACGAGACGUGCUUAAUUUUCCAAAUGUAACAUUUAGUAAAUAUUUUAUUUUAAUAACAGUGACUCGCAAUUUUAAAUAUUAAUCGUCUCAAAAAACAAGCUUAAUACUGUACCUGAUUUUUAGCGUCCAGGAGAUUUUUUUGUUUGGACGCAAUGAACGGAUCAGAAUUUUAUAUUGCAUAGAGGUUUUUCUUGCAUGUAUUCAGUUUGAUGUCCUUUGUUUCGAGGUGUACGUUGUUGUUUAGAAGUUCAAUAACCCAUAAAAUAAAAAAGUCGGGACCUCAACGUACUGUUCGUUGUAUGGUACUGUAGUGAUCAUCGUACUCUAUGAUGGUGUCUGUUGUAUGGUGGUGUGCGCUGCAUGGUGGUGUCCGUUAAUUGUUUUGAGGUGUCCGUUGUACGGAGGUCUUCGUUGUAUGAAGGUGUUCGUUGUAUGGUGGUGUUCGUUGCAUGGUGGUGUUCGUUGUAUUGAGGUGUCCGUUGUCAUGCUGUCCGUUGUAUGGUGGUGUCCGUUGUAUGAAGGUGGCCGUUGAAUGGAGGUGGCCGUUGUAUGAACUUCAAGGAAGUGUCCGUUGUAUGGUGGUGUCCGUUGUAUGGUGGUGUACGUUGUAUGGUGGUGUCCGUUGUAUGGUGGUGUACGUUGUAUGGUGCAGGUGUCCGUUGGUGGUGUCCGUUGUAUUGAGGUGUCCGUUGUAUUGAGUGAGCUGUCCGUUGCAUUGAGGUGUCCGUUGUAUUGAGGUGUCCGUUGUAUGGUGGUGCCGUUUUCCGUUGUGUGGUGGUGUCCGUUUUAUUUCCAUGCACUGUUGCUAUUUGACCUUUUUAAUUUUUUCCCAUUUGCGAUGUUGUACAGGUCGGCUUUGGGCAUGUAUUUCAUUUCAUGUAUUUCAUUUCAUGUGUCUAUGUUUGAACGGUAGAAUAUUUGAAUAGGAAAGUAAAUGCAGUUGAAAUGCAAACAAACAACCCGAAUUUUAUUUUUCUUCCUUAGCAUGUUAUUCACGACCUAAAAUCACUAGAUACCGCUCAGGUUCAAGAGCACUGUCCUGCGUUCAAAGAUGGUUGCCCGUUUGCAAAGACAGACGAGAAAGUUUUAACCGAAGCAAUUGAAAAGUGUCCUGAAUUCAAAAAUGGCUGCCCUUUCAAAGGUGCGAAAAGUCUUGCUGAAGUUUACGAGAAGUUGUCUCAUGUUCCACAUGCAGGCCAUGUGAAAGAAGUGUCUGGCCAGAAAUUGGUGGAAAUGUUAAAGAAAAUGCACAGCACUUCGGAAUGUCUGGAAAAGAAGUUAGGAGAUUGUCCUGUGUUUCAUAAAGAUGACGGUUGCCCGUUUAAAAGUGUCCGUAGUGAAGGGAAACAUUUAGUGGAUCCAGUGGACUCCGUUGCUCAUAACUAGG